UGCCAGAAAGCUUCCGGUGGUACAUCGCUCACGACAAACAGCACCAAGCCAUGGCUAUCGUGAAGCAGGUGUCAAAGAUCAACAAGAAGACACCACGUGACCUGGAUCUUCACCUGAUAGAAAGCAAGCAACUCAAAUCACCGAAGAAGAGCGCAUUCUUAGAUCUGUUUCGGUCAAAGCAACUGCUUAGAUUGACUGUUUUGCUUGCAAGUAACUGGGUUGCCUUGGGUCUGAUAACGUAUGGCAUUAACUACGGUAUACAAGGCCUGUCUGGAAACGUCUACCUGAACAUAUUCCUCUUUAACCUCGCCACGAUCCCUACAAAAUCUGUCACAAUUUGGCUUAGCAACAGGCUCGGUCGCCGGCUGUCCUCCAUAGUAAUCUUUGUGCUGAUCUGCAUUGCAGGCCUCGUAUGUGGCAUAAUACAGAGCAUAGAUACGCCAUAUAAAAGCGGAUUGACGAACGGUUUGUCGAUGGCCGUCUACUUCUGUAUCGAGGCCGCAUGGGGACCAAUUGAAACAAUGACCAUUGAACUGUAUCCCACUCUCAUAAGGACCAGUGGGUUUGGCUGUCUGAGCGUGUUGGCCAGGUUUGGAGCGAUGUUUGGACCGCAGCUUGUCUUCUUGGAUAAGUUUGCCCCGGGAAUACUUUAUUACUGUUGCGCAGGAAUAUCGGUCGUGUGUGUGAUAUGUCAGCUUUUCCUACCCGAGACUAAGAACGGUGCGUUAAACGACAACAUGGACUAUCUAAAAGAGAAGGGUGCCGAUAAAGCAAAGUACAAUCCUAUUUGAAGUGGGUGACAUUUUCGAAAGUCAUACCAAGUUCGUUGGAUGU